UUGCUUUUAUUCGUCAGUUUCACAAAUCAAUCAAACAGAGUAGUGCUUGCGUUGAAGGGCGCUGUAGUCUAAAGAGGUUAUAAGCUAAGAGUAGUCCAGUUUUUAUACAAUUUCCAAACAGAAAAUGGAGAUUGAAGUUGUUAGUGCAAAAAAUUCCAAAGUAUUUGGUAAAUGUCAUGUACCGGCCACCAUAUCAAUAGGUGACUUGCCUGCUCAAAUACAUAAGCAACUGAAGUCAACCCCAGCACCAAAUCGUCAAUCACUACGUUUGGAUCCACGCGGCAAAGCGUUAAAAGACAGCGAUACCCUUCAAUCGCUGAAUUUACGCAAUGGCGUACGCAUUUAUGUCAAAGAUUUAGGUCCACAAAUUGCUUGGACGACAGUAUUUCUGUCAGAAUAUGCAGGGCCACUACUGGUUUAUUUACUUUUCUACGCUCGUCCCUCGAUUAUCUAUGGAGCAGAUGCUGAUAAGCCAAUAUCGUUGACAGCGCACAUUGCGGCCGCUUGCUAUACGGUGCAUUAUGUAAAGCGAUUGCUGGAAACAAUUUUCGUUCACCGCUUCUCACACGCUACUAUGCCAAUACGUAAUCUCUUCAAGAAUUGCAGUUACUAUUGGGGCUUUACAGCAUAUGUGUCCUACCACGUCAAUCAUCCACUAUUCACAUCACCAUGCCAAGUGCAAGUAUUGGUUGGUUUAGCGGCCUUUGCGCUCUGUGAAAUAGGCAAUUUCUCUAUCCACAUUGCCCUGCGUAAUUUGCGACCACCUGGCACAAAAGUGCGCAAAAUUCCAAUGCCUGACAGCAACCCAUUCACACAACUUUUCAAUCUUGUUUCCUGUCCCAAUUACACAUAUGAAAUCGGUGCCUGGGUGAGCUUCUCUAUAAUGACCAACUGUUUAGCCGCUGUACUUUUUGCUAUUGCUGGCGGUUAUCAAAUGAUGGUUUGGGCUUUAGGUAAACACCGCAACUAUAAGAAGGAGUUUACACAGUACCCUAAAUCGAGGAAGGCUAUAUUCCCAUUUAUUCUUUAAAUUAAUUUACAUCAUUUCUUAGCCAAGCCAAAACAUUUCCAUAUUUUCUUUUGCAUAAUGAACAAUUUUAAAUUAAAUAAUUUUAAGGUUUUAGGAUUUUCUUAUUAGUGGUGUAACUGUGACUUGACACUUUUUAAUAUUGUUGUUUAAAUAAAUAGCAAAAAAUCAAUAAAAUGUUUUGUACAUUUUUUUUGGUUUGUUUGU